GGAGACAUAAGGAUGGCUCACUGCAUGUAUAAUAAGGAGAAAACCGGAAUGGCAUGAUUUUUAAAAGAGGUUGGUGGCGGGCGGCGAGUUCAGUCCCGCCGAGAUAAGUGUAGAGGAAGCAUCGUUGCUAUGGCUGCCUUCAACGAGGACCAGAUCGUGGAGUUCCAAGAGGCCUUCAGCAUCUUUGACCAGAAAGGCGAUGGCAAGAUCCAGGUGUCCCAAAUUGGGGAGGUGCUGCGGGCACUCGGACAGAACCCCACUGAGGCCGAUGUGAAGAAGCUGUCUCACCAGCACCGUCCAGAUGAGAGGAUCAGCUUUGAGGUGUUCUUGCCCAUCAUGCAGACUAUCUCCCGCCAACGCCCCGUUGAUACUGCCGAUGACUUCAUUGAGGGACUGCGUCACUUUGACAAGGACGGCAAUGGUUACAUCUCAUCUGCUGAACUGCGACACCUCAUGACACACUUGGGAGAGAAGCUUACUGAUGAGGAGGUGGAGCAGCUGCUGGCUGGUCAAGAAGACUCUCAGGGCAACAUCAACUAUGAGGAGUUUGUUCGCCUUGUCCUCAGCGCUUAGCCUCCCUUCCGUCACAUUAGUGCAUGGGAAGUGAUAGCUGUCCACUCCUUCAGUAUUUUUAUUUGCAAGUGCUUGUGUCUUAUUUAUGUUUGCUUGAAAUUAUAUAAGUAUUUUAAAAUAAAUGCACAUUACAUAUUUUCAUGAAAUGCUAAGUUUGGAUGUGUGUUUGCAUAAAACUGGAAACCUCUUUGAUGUUGUCUUCCCAGAAACAUCCAGGUUAGAUUUCAGUCUUCCUCCCAAGAAAACAAUAUAGUUUUCCUAGCUAUCUCAUUCCUUAUUAUACAUGUUUGUUUUGUCUUGUGUUCUUACCUAGAAUUCUCCAGCUUUAAAGUUUCUGUGACUGAUCCUGUCUCCCUUCUGUACUGCUGUUUCUCCAUGCUAUGACAAAACUAUCUGAGGGAAGAUAAACUAAGGGAGACCCUUUGCUAAAGCAGCACAACAUAGCUAGCAGCUUUGACUACUAACACACUACAAUAUGACCUUGUGGCGGCAUAUGAUGGAGGAAAGAGACCAAUGUACUUAAUCCUGAGAAGUGAUUUGGUACGUCUGGAUAAUGCUGAAUUUUUGCAUAUGAUUUUGAUCAAGUUGUUCAUUAAAUAUUCAAUAUGAUUUUUGACAUUGAUUUUGCAAUGAGGUUCACACAGGAAAGGUAAAAUGUUAUGGAGUUUCUUCCUUUUUAUAAUAAUUCUAUUGAUCCCCUUAGUAUUUGAGCAUUCCAGGGCUGAUUUAAGUGCCUGAGAUAGUUGUUAAAGGAAAAUAAAAUUUUAUAAGCAAGUCUA